AUGCGUCAAUCUUUAAGCAAAGACAAUGCCAAGCAUAGUCGUGUCGAUCACUAUACCAAAUCUACCGCAGUAGCAUCGGAGAUUGCCAUGUCAUCUAGGUCCAUAUCUGCAUCGACUUUUGUCGAAAUUCCACAGCUGGCACCCAUAUCUAUGCCAUUGGAAUCUGCACCUGCAAAGCAAGCCUCCAUCGACCUUUGCAGAAUUCCGGAUCUUGACCGUACGACUACUGCAUUGCUGCGAUGCCAAACAGUUUCUGCUCAAACUUCAACUUUGUCGCUCACGAAAAAUGCAACUCCACCAAUAUCUCCGCCAUACCCAUCGUCUAAUUCGUCGAUUGAAGAUUCUACAACUUUUAAAGAUGAGCCAAGACAAGCUCCGUCACUGUCCAUCAACACACAACCAUUCAAGUCGUGUCACCCUCCAUCACCCAUACUAGAUUCGACUGAGGACAUGCCUCCUGUUAUGCCUUGCUCCUUAAUACAAGAUAUGGGUUUUGGCAAGUCGUUGGUCGAGGAACCUCUUGGUCUACGUAAUGUACCGGUUCCAUCCGUUGAAAAUAGUGUUGGAUCCAAAAUAGAAGAUGGGCAGUAUCCUCCGCUGCCCCCCUUGCCCCCAUUUCCCUUGUCAGGAGAGGCAAUGGCUUCAUUUGGCAAUGCAGGUGUUUUGGAUCUGUUUAUACCACAGGACCAAAAGUCUUCAUCACACUCGCUUUCUUCUGAACUUUUACCUUGUCCGGGAACGGAUUCCUUUGAUCCUGCUGAACUUAUUCGCCGUCCAAGCGAUGUUGAGUUUGAAAAUGAUGAAAUGGUGACUCUUUUUGGAUACUUGCUUUCUCUGACUUCAGACUCGUUGGUCGAGUUUCAAAAGUGUGCACGUUUUCCUCAUCAAGACUUAUUGUCCGACUAUGAUGUUGAUAAAAAUACCUUGAGAUUUGCAUUACCGCUGAAUUACAAACAGGGGCAGCGGCUGACUGAAACGGUCACCAUAUCUCUCAAAGACACUAAACCCAGUACUAAAUUCACUUGGUUUCUUCCACCUAUCGACGAGCGAUACACACUUUCGGUGGAAACUCUUACUCCUAAAAAGCUCUGCAAAUCAAGCUUUACGUUUAAUUUCUGUCUCACCUAUCACAAAUUCACUACUGUGAAUGUAAUUGUAAUGCUUGAAGUCAAAGGGGGAUACCGUCAUUUUUUUGUUAUUAAUACCGCAUCAACUGCUGGUAAAGAUACUUUUUUAAACAACUCUAUUUGCUGGAAACACGACGAUACUGUCGCUGAUUCAAUUUACUUGGGUCGUUCUUGGCAUGUGCCCCAAUAUCUUUCACGUAUGCGAUUACUUCUUGUUUCAAAAAAUGGCCAAAGAGUAGUUGGAAUUUUCCGUGAAAAAGGAAACUCGUGGGAUGUGCAGACACUGCAGGCUAAAAUGAUGGAGGGCAUCGACUGGAACUGCAAUGAUGUGCAUGCCAUCUCAACCUGUAUUAAACUGUACUUGAGAGAUUUUAUCUCACCUUGUAACAGGGUUUCCGCGUACGAUAUUAUACGCUAUGGUAGCUUAGAAAGCACUGUUGCUAAUCAAGAUGCUUCGUGGAAUGUUCUUAAUACUGCAUUGAAAACUGGCAGUCCAAUCUGGCGCGUGACAAUGUGGACACUAGAUCUUAUGGUAUCUAUUGUACGCGACUCUGCCUGGAAUCAAAUGGGGACCAAGGGCAUUGUGACAGCGUUUGCUCCUAGUCUUUAUACCAUUGCUAAUGCAGGAACAUGCAUGCAAGUGGCACGGCACCUUGUUCCUUUUCUACACAAUGUGCUCAUGCAUCAUAUUCGUAGCCUUCGGCAGUUUGUUUAA